CUCAGACCAGAUCUUCUAAAAAAAAUCAUGCAUCGCUUCGGGCUCAGCACCACACUGUUGCUGGCAGCAACCUGUUCGCUCAUGAUGACGGCAGUUGUUUGCAACGAUAGAGUGAUCACCUGUGGAAGCAGCCAGAAUGUCCAUCGCCUGAGCUGUGGUGAUGGAGUGAUCACUGUGCAGAAAGCAUUGUAUGGACGUGCAGACAAUCAGACCUGCAGUGAGGGAAGACCUCAGUCUCAGGUCAUCAAUACACAGUGCUCUCAAGAGGGCACUUUGGGCGUCAUCAAGUCACGCUGUGAUGGCAAGACGGACUGUGAACUGAACAUUAACGUCUUCCGUACAUCUGAUCCCUGCGUUGGCACCUACAAAUACCUGGAUACCACCUUCACCUGCUUCCCAGCAAUUCAUUUUGCUGUGUGUGAGAACUCUUUGGCAGACCUCCAGUGCGAUGUGGGACAGAUUAUAUUUGUGUACGGUGCUUACUAUGGACGCCGGGACAUGACCACCUGCUCUUACAAAAGGCCUGCUGAUCAGCUGGAAAAUGUCUUCUGCUCAAGGCCUCAGAGGAAGGUUGUUGACAGCUGUAAUGGGAAAAACAGCUGUAGUUUCAGGGUGAGCAAUUCGAUGUUCGGAGAUCCUUGUCGCGGCACUUACAAGUACCUGGAUGUGGCUUACACAUGUGUAUAUCCUUCGGUCACUACAAAUCAGCCUCCAAAUAAUUCUUAA